AUUAUGGGCUGUCUGGAAUUCACUCCGCGAGACAGGGGAGAAAAAUAUCUAGCGUUCACCACCAAGCUUUAGCUAACGGUAGCUGGAUUGAAGUAAAUAUGGAGCUGUCUGCAGUUGGGGAACGGGUUUUCGCAGCCGAAUCUAUCAUCAAACGGCGAAUAAGGAGAGGUCGAAUGGAAUACCUUGUGAAAUGGAAGGGCUGGUCGCCGAAAUUUAGCACUUGGGAACCGGAGGAAAAUAUAUUGGACUCCCGCCUCUUCGUCGCAUUCGAAGAGAGGGAGCGUGAAAGGGAACUAUUUGGGCCCAAGAAGAGAGGCCCAAAACCGAAGACAUUUCUGCUAAAGGCACAAGCUAAAGCUAAAGCCAAAUUGUACGAGUUCAGGAGCGAUGCGGUCCGAGGGAUACGCGUCACCUACCCGACCCCAGAGCCUGUCAUCACCCCCAGAGCGCGAGAGGGGCUGAGGGCCGUGGUCCCCACCAUCUUCCCACCCAGCACCGUCAACAGGGGCGAGAGUGUGCGGGUCAGGCCCCCAGAACCGGUCCGAGAGCACCGUCAACCAGUCCUCCAGAGGCCCCCAGGCCCCGAUGGCUUUGUGGUUGUCCCCAAGAAGAGAGGGCCCAAACCCAAGCUGCGAUUUAAGGACAGUCCCUUCAACGCUCCUCCCACCGCCCUGUCGCCCCUCAAGAGGAGGGCAGAGGAGCAGGUGACAUACGGCCCACUCAAAUUGGCCAAGUUGGGCCUGUCCGGUGGUGAAGAGAGGGUGUCUGAGAUGAGGGGGAUUAAACUAGCCCACAGGCACCAGGAGGAGCUGGGUGGUUAUCCCCACAAGCAAAUUAGGCCCGUGGCUAGUGGGAGCACACAGCAGCACUGCGGCCCAGACAGGGGCAUGUUGCACUCACACAGAAUAGGCUCAGACUCCCAGGCCUGCAGGACUAAAGAGUGUCCCUCAAACUACUUAUCCCCUCCCCAACUAAAGCACCUAUCCAAAAAGAAUGUGCAUCAACCCAGCGAAGAGCUGCCACAGAGGGGGAAGCCUUCACUCAUCGCCAAAAUCCCUGUGUCGCAGAUCCUGGGCCAAACGGAUGAGGUGACUUGGAAGCCUUGCUUGAACAACGUGGAGAAGGUUCUGGUGACUGAUGUGACCACAAACUUUUUGACAGUGACUAUCAGGGAGAGUAGCACAGAUCAAGGAUUCUUCAAAGAUAAAAGAUGAUUUCCUCUGAUUUUAAUUCUCUUCAGCUCUGUCAAUCUUGUACCAAAUUAUUUCGAAAGUCCGUACUUUAUAGUGUCAUUUAUCAGUCAGAUUUUUUAUGUAAUGUAUAAAAGCAAAUUACAGGAGUGUGUGUGUGUGUGUAUGUGUGUGUGUGUGUGUGUGUGUGUAUGUGUAUAUGUGUGUGUGUGUGUGUAUGUGUGU